AUGGCGGCCGUUUUGGAGGCGCUGCUGCGAGAGGAGGUGACGGCGGCGGCCGCCGUGCGGUGGCUGGCGCGCGGAGCCCGGGGCGCGGAGGACGCCCCCGGGGAGGCGGCCGCGCUGGCGCCCCUCGAGCCGCUGCGGAAGGAAUUCGUGCCGUUCUUGCUGAACUUCCUGCGCGAGCAGAGCAGCCGCGCCCUCCCCCAGGGCCCCCCGACUCCGGCCAAGGCUCCCGGGGCCUCGGCGGGGCGGCCGGGGGGCCCCGGCGCUGCGCGGGGAAGUGGCCGCGGGGUGCGAAGCCAGCUCUUCCCGGCCGAGCCUCCGGCGGCCUCCUUCGGGGAGCCCCCGCUGGCCCGCCGAGGAGGGGGCGGGAGGAAGAGGGGGCCGGUCCGGGAGAGGGGGGGCCGCGGCGCGGGGGGGUCUGAUGAGGGGGGCAGCGGUGACAGCCCACCCUGGGGAGGGGGCUGGAGGCCGAGAGGUUCCAGCAGCCCCAGCCCCUCGCCCGCCGAGCCCCUGAACCUCAGCAAUCUGGAGGAGUUCCCCCCCGUGGGCUCCGUGCCCCCUGGCCCCGCCGGCAGGAUGAAACCUUCCCGGAGGAUCAACCCCACGAGGGUGAGCACAGAGCGAUCUCUGUCCAAGCCCAAGACGUGCUUCACCUCGCCCCCAAUCAGCCAGGCCCCGAGUUCCCAGCCCCCAAGCUUGGACAAUAGUCCUUGGGGCCUUGACCUUUCCCUAGGGUGCAGCAGUCUACAGGAAGAGAGAGAGAUGCUCAGGAUGGAGCGAUUCAAGAUGCUGCUACAUCAGUCACCCACCCCUGCCAGUUCUGCCCUGGAAUCUGGUCUUCCUGUUCCCAGUCGAACAGGGAGCCUUACACCAGAAUCUGCAGACCCUGCCAAGGUUUCCUGUCAGCAGAGGCUAGAGUUGGUAGCCAUUGUCUAUUCAUCCUGUAUCACUGAGAAUCUGGUCCCAAGCCUCUUCUUGGAGCUGUUCUUUGUUCUUCAACUGCUUACUGUUCGACAAAUGAUUAAUGUUGAAGAGGAUGACCUGGAAACCACCCCUGGGGGUCCACUCAAGAGGCCACUAUUCCAGAAUAUCCACGACUGUGUGUUUUUUGCAGUACAGGUUUUGGAGCAUCAGUUCCUGGUUCUCUCCCACCUGGACAAAGGGACGUUGAAGCUGCUAGCUGAGAAUGAGCGCCUGCUUUGCUUCUCUCCUACUUUGCAGGGCCGGCUCCGGGAUGCCUACGAAGGCAGUACUGCUAAGGUCUCUUUGCUGCUAUCACCCCCUGCCCAGGCUGUCUCCUUUCAGCCAGAAACAGACAACCGUGCAAACUUCUCUAGCGACCGGGCCUUUCAUACUUUCAAGAAACAGAGGGAUGUAUUUUAUGAGGUACUCCGGGAAUGGGAAGAUCAGCAUGAGGAGCCUGGAUGGGAUUUUGAGAAAGGCUUAGGCAACAGGAUCAGAUCCAUGAUGAGUCAACUCUCUGCAGCCUCCAGCCACAGCCACUUUGUUCCUUUUCAGAAACAGCUUCUUCAGAUGUGUCAGAGUCCUUUAGGUACCAGAGGAAUGGCUUUGGGUGAGGCCCCUGACCCAGAUGUAUUAAGCAUGCUGGGAGCUGACAAGCUGGGGCGGCUUCGACGUCUACAGGAGCGACUGGUGGCUCCUCAGAGUAGUAGUGGACCCUGUCCACCACCUACCUUUCCUGGUUGGCAAGGCUUUUUCCGUGACUUCAUCUUAAGUGCCAGCAGUUUUCAAUUUAACCAGCACCUUAUGGAUAGUCUGAGUUUGAAAAUCCGAGAACUUAAUGACCUUGCGCUACCCCAGCAUGAACCCAGUGAGGAUGGGGAGUCUGAUGUGGAUGGACAGGAUGAAAGGAGGCAGUUUGCCUCAGUGUUGCUGAGUCUGCGCCUUCUGGCCAAGUUCCUAGGCUUCGUGGCUUUCCUUCCUUAUCGUAGCCCUGAGCCACCCCCAACUCGUGAGCUACAAGACUCGGCCCUGGCCCUCAGGAACCAGGUGCCUCCUGUGCUAGAUGUGCUGACUUUGCUGCAGCAGGCAUUACAGAAUCACCAGACUGUGCUCACUGUGCCCUGGUUGGUGGAGUUCCUCUCCUUUGUUGACCACAUCGCUCCCUUACUGGACUAUUACCAGCGUGUCUUCUCUCUCCUGCUGCAUUUAUUCCGGAGCCUGAUCCUGUCAGAAGAAAGUAAAAGAAGAAUGUGUUUCUUGAACAAACUGCUGCUCCUUGCUAUGCUGGGAUGGCUUUUCCAGAUCCCUGCAGUUCCAGAAGACUUGUUCUUUUUGGCAGAAGACCAAGCAGACACCUUGGAAGGAGCCACAGUGGCUUUGGUGCAGGGUCUGGACACGAUGCCUGUUGUGGAUCAACAACUUCUCUACACCUGCUGCCCUUUCAUUGGAGAACUACGGAAGCUGCUCGCUUCCUGGGUAUCUGGUAGCAGUGGACGCAGCGGUGGCUUUGUGAGGAAAAUCACCCCAACCUCAACUACUGCCUUAGGACCUCAGGCCCCCAGAACAUCCCAAGGGCUACAGGCAGAGCUAGCCCAAGCCUUCUUCCACAACCAACCACCUUCUCUUCGAAGGACUGUGGAAUUUGUUGCAGAGAGAGUUGGAUCCAAUUGCAUCAAACACAUUAAAGCAACAUUUGUGGCAGACCUAGUACGACAAGCAGAAUCACUUCUGCAGGAGCAACUUGGGGAGCAGGAACAGGAAGGGGGAGCCCCAGCCCAGCUCUUGGAGGCACUGUGUGACAAGAUCUGCCCGGAGGGGACACAAGCCUUGACCCAAGGGCGAGAAUUUUGCAGAAAGAAGGGCCCUGAGGCUGUGCGGGUGCUGCUGCCAGAGGAGACUUCCCCAGCUGUCCUGAGGAGCGCAGAGAAUAUUGCUGUAGGACUUGCAGUGGAGAAGGCCUGUGCUUGGUUAUCAGCCAAUAUCACAGCCCUGAUCCGGAGGGAGGUGAAAGCAGCUGUGAGCAGAACACUUCGAGCCCAGGGUCCUGAUGUAGCUGCCCAGGGGGAGAGGAGGGGCUGCUCCCGUGCCUGUGAGCACCAUGCUCCCCUUCCCUCCCACCUCAUCUCCGAGAUCAAAGAUGUGCUUGCUCUCACUGUGGGGCCCCGGGAUCCUGAGGAGGGGAUUACCCCAGAGCAGCUGGAGACGCUCCUGCGACAGCUAAAGGAGACACUUCAGUGCCGGCAGUUCCUAUGCCCAAUCUCUGAGCAGCAGCUUGCAAAAUGCUCUGUGGAAUUAGCCUCUUUUCUUGUUGCUGACCAAGUCCCAACCCUGGGGUCUCCAGGCCCACACAAACUGGAAAGAGGGGAAGCCCGAGGACUCCUGCAGAUGCUCCUCUCCCUCUGGCAUGAGGACUUCCAAGUGCCUGUUCCACUGCAGCUGCUGCUCAGCCCGAGAAACGUGGGACUUCUAGCAGAUACACGGCCCAGAGAGUGGGACCUGCUGUUGUACCUGCUUCGGGGACUGGUGGACCGGGGGCUGAUGGGAAGGGUGGAGAUAGAAACCUGCCUGAGGAGUCUCCACCAGGCCCCCUGGCCUGAGGACUUCUCUGAGGAGCUAGCAACACUGUCUUGCCUAUUUCUGGCUGAGCCGCAGGUACCAGGACCCCGGCUAAGAGCUUGUGAGUUGAUGAGACCGCCUCGUGGGACUGUAUUGGCCCAGAGUUAGGACCAGUAAAUGAGGUCCUGCCUUUGAGCUCAUGAUCAAAAGCUCUGGCCCUCACCUGACUUACAGCCUCAAGAAAGGAACCAGGAGCCCAGCCGUGUCCUGCAAGGAGUUGUCCGCCUAGCAAUCCUUACCAGAAGAUGGAGAGGAGAUGCAUCCUGGGCCACCAUCAGACCCAGUGGGCAGAGGUGAGGAAAAUCUUCAACUUUCCUACCCAGAGCUCUGGAGAAGACAGUCUUAUCUUCAGGACAAAGGUGACAAGAGCCCGGUGGCCCCCUCUACCAGGGAAGAAGAGGGAGCUUUUAUCAUCCAGACUCUUCAACAAAAUGACAUACCAGCGGAUAGCGUCAGAGUUUGGAAGGGCCAACCUGCUGCUUUCCCAGAAGCUUCCUUGGACUUUGUGGUUUUAGAAAGCAGGAGACUGACUUCCUGUCCAUAUAUUAGGAAGAAGAUUAACAAAUGUAGCUAGAGCUUUGGGAGUCCCACUUGCCUCAGCUCUGCGCCCAGAUAUUUUUUCCUUAAAAUGCAUCAUGGAUACCAGUGACAGACCACACCUCAUUUGUGUAAAACACAACUUUAGCAACAUGCCCAGUUUCAGGGAAGCCAGACUGGGCCUGAUCUUAUUUAAAUGCUAUCUAUGAACCAGGAAAGGAAGCCCGAGGAGGGAGAGAGUAGAUUUUUAUGAAAUAUUAAAUCCCACUUUGUCACAAGA